AUGUCGUCGUCGCCGUGCACAGCGCGCCUGUCAGAGCUGCCGAGCUCGCCGCCACCAGCACACGUCGCGAACGCGGGCAGCCGCAAGGUCAGAAAACCGCCGCCCAUCACCCCUAAACGAUUCCAGAAGUUCUUUACGCCGCGCACUUCGUCACACGGCUCUUCACGGCUCUCCAGCUCCGGGCGCCAGCUGCAGGAUAUCACGCGCGCUGCCAUCAAUCGCGGCAAUGCCGCGCACAGGACUACGCCCCGCAAGACAGUAAACUUCGCCGACAUUGAGGUCGACAAGGGCCUGCAGACCCCCCAGCUCAACUCUCGCAAGCGUAAGACGCCGUAUCUCUCGCCAGAGAGCUCCCCGGCUCAAUCAUCGCCUACAAAACGUCACAAGUACGCGACCCCGCCGCCCUUCAACAUUCUCGAGGAUGCUCCCGUAUUCGAUGAGCCGCCUGUGCCUAUCUUCCCAGAGCCAAUACGACGACUGAAGAGCUUGGGAGGGACCUCGCGAAAGCUGACUCGCUCCUUUGGCGGUAUACUGAGUGUUGGGCGAGGUCUUCGACGCGACCACUGCGCAGCGUCGUGGCAGGACCACACUGUCAACUUUUACAGCUCAGCCGAGGAUCAUUAUGAGCUACCUCAAGGCGCCCCGCCAUUCUGCACCGCUUCAUGCAAUGUCAAUUCACUGGUCGCCGUUGGCGAUGAGGAUGGAUGGGUCCACCUGCUCGAUUCCGAGGAUGACAAACCGACCGGCUUUUCAAAAGCUCAUGUAUCCUGGAGGGCUCAUGGCAACGCGAUCAUGGAUAUCCAGUUCUCCUCCGAUGAUUCUUGGAUUGCGACUGCCUCGGGCGACCAGACGGGGCAGAUCAUCGAUGCUCGGACCCAGCAGACAGUCCAUGUUCUGGCUAAGCACAAAUCUUCUGUGAAACAGAUACGAUUUCAACCAGGGGAUGACAACAUCGUAGCCACUUCGAGUCGUGACGGUGCUGUCCAGAUCUGGGAUCUAAGAUGCAAGGGCGGUCACACCAAUGUACAUCCCGCCUGGGGUGAUGAUGUGCCAUACGCCAGCACUAUCAAGUCACUCGCUUCUGCCCACGCAGACCCUGGACCCAUCAGCGACGCCAUUGUAAACACCAAGAGCUCGGCGAACCGGAAAAGCGAAGCAUUGAGCCGACGCAACGAUGUAUCUGUCACUGCGCUCUCGUUUCUGCCUACAGGUCGUCAGCAUCUGUUGCUGACAGCUUCGGAUGCAUCAACAAGUGUCAAGCUGUGGGAUAUACGAGGCCGAUAUUCUCUGCGCGGACCUGCUGUGCCUAUAUCGACUACGAGACACCCCGAGUCGCACACUCGGCACCGUCACUUCGCGAUCAACUCGCUCACCCUGAGUGGCGAUGCAGCCCGGUUGUAUGCUCUCAGCAAAGACAACACAGUUUACGCAUACUCAACAAGUCAUCUUAUAUUAGGUGUGGCACCGGAACUCUCCUCCACCACGUCAAAGCAUCAGAGGGCCCAACAAGACGGCCUGGGACCAAUCUACGGUUUCCGACAUCGCAAUUUCCACGCUGGUUCUUUCUACGUGAAGGCGUCGCUUCGUAAAGCCUCAGACGACAAGCCAGAGCUUUUGGCUGUCGGAAGCACAGACGGCUGCCCAGUGUUGUUCCCUACCGAUGAAACCUUUCUCAAGCGCGAAAACACCCGGACAGAAGAGUUCCCAGAACUCCCCCAGCUAAGGAGAUCAUCUCGCCCGACGCUGGCUCGCAAUGCGUCUACUGGAAGCAAGUUUCCUUGUAUGCUGACCGAUACAAUUCCCAUCUACGAGCACGGCACACCUUUGAUCCGUGGCCACGAUGCGGAGGUAACCAGCGUAUCUUGGACAAAGAGCGGGUCCUUGAUCAGUGUUGGCGACGACUUCCGUGUACGGAGAUGGAAUGAAGGCUCUAGGGCGCGAGAGCUGAGGCUGAACGGAGAGGCAGAAGGAAAAAGGUGGCAGUGUGGGUGGGCGGUCGCACCCGAGGGCUAUGAUGAGGAUGAUUUUUCAGCGUGGCGUUUGGGGAUAGGGAACAUAUCUAGGUCGCUCGGGAAUGUCAACAUGGUAUCGCCUCCUAGACCAGUACCAACACGCGGCUUAAACUUCCCAGGGAGCUUUUUCCUGCUGAGCCAUGAAGCCGACGAAUUUCAGUGCCCCACUCCGAGCAACGCGGGCCUCAUGCAGAUGUUCCCAAAAGAGAGUCCACCCACCUGGAUCGGGUCAGCACCGUGGCUUUGGACGACGUUUGCACGACCAGUUGCGGAAGCACAGUUCUCGCAGUCGUACCUUCCGAAGCAAAGCAAAGCUCUAGCUCCAAUAGAACGCCUCCCAAAUGAGUUACUGGACCAGGUGCUCACUUACAUCCAGGAUGAAGAGAGGGAUGUACUGGCCUGGGGUCUUUCUUCAAAUGUAAUAUGGGCCUAUGUCCUGCGCCUCAUCCACAAGCAGAACGAACGCUUCGUAGGUCUGUGGAGUUGCAAAGAGGUGGGCUUCUACGGCUACAUCCCCACAUCAGACGACGAUGUUUUCCAAUGCCGGUCAGUCUGGGACCGCCGACCAGCCAUGACCAACGCCCCAGACUUCCUGGAAACCUACAAUGUCGACGAGCGCCGGCUCUCCGACGUCACCAUCACCGCGGCCCAGCGCUGGACAGAAGUCCUGGAUGCCGCGAAGUUCCUGUCUCGCUCACAGGCACCGGGCUGGGCCGUCAUCAAGGACGCCGACUGGCGCAAGAUUGAGCGCGACCUCUUCUUCCGUGCGUACCCCCAGUCCCGCACCUGGGUACUGCGCAACCUCACCACCUCCGAAUUCAUCCGCUCGGACAAACUCACCCCCUCGGCGCGCAAAUCCUCCGACUCUGCACGCCCGAAGCUCCCCUCGCGCUCCUCCACCUUCAUCAAAAUGCUGAAGCCGUUCGCUUCCGACAAGAAGACUGGCAAGGACAAAGCACCGGAAAGUCUAGCACCCGGUCCUAGCGACGACGCCUUCUCCACCUCCCCCCUCACCUUCGCCCAACUCCUCCUCACCCUCACCGCCCACUCCGAUCUCCCCUCACACCACGAGCUCGUCUUCGCCUUCCACGACGGCCGCUGGCGCGGGCACUGCUUCGACCUUGUCCCUCUAUCUUCCCACCUCUCCGAAACGAAAGAGGCAGACUGGGCAGACGUUUCCGAGCUGGCCGUUGACGACGUCGCGAACUUGCGGUACUGGGUGCACCAGCUGAACGGCGAUGGGGAUAGUUGUCCGAAAGGCUUGAAGCCGCAUGUCGAGGCAGACCGGAAUAUGUAUCAUAAUUGGGAGGGGUUGGAGGCGCCACUUUUGGGGCGAGGGGAGAGGCCGCGGGGGAGGUGGAUGUUGAAGAAGCCGAUGCAGACGGGGGUGUUGAUGAGGGCGGCCGGGGGCAGUAGGGAGAGGCUGUGA